AUGUCUACCCCAGGGAGCAAUGCUGAGUGGGAGACGCUGAUAUCCAAAGUCGCGGAAACGCUUGAAAACACCCGACUGGAGCAGCGGACGUCAGUGACCUCGAACCUCAACCGCACAAUUGAUCAUACACAGUUGGCCCUGGCAGCGACAGAAGAGCAGAUCGAUGAGCUGUGCGCACAAGCUUUGAAAUACCAGUUCGUCACAGUUUGUGUACGCUUAAAACACGUCAAACAGGCGGCUGAGAGGCUCCGCGCAGCACCUGACGUGGGUGUGGCCUGUGUUGUGGGAUUCCACGAGGGCAUGUACGAGACAUUGGAGAAAGAACAGGAGGCCCGAGCUGCUGUUGAGCUAGGUGCUACAGAGCUCGACAUGGUCCUGAAGUACCCUUUGCUGAAGAACAGACAAUACACGGAUAUAUAUGAGGAUGUGAUUGGUGUGCGCAACGCCGCUCCUGCCCCGGUUCUGCUGAAAGUUAUCCUGGAGACUUCACAGUUAAGUCGGGAGGAAAUCAUUGCUGGAUCGGUGAUCUCUUGUCUUGCAGGAGCGGAUUACAUCAAGACCAGCACUGGAUUUCAGGGUGGAGGCGCAACGGUUGAAAAUGUGGCAUUGAUGUCCCAGAUAGCUGGUUUGCUUGGUAAGGGGUGCAAAGUGAAGGCCAGUGGCGGUAUUCGGUCAGCAGCGGACUGUGUCAAGAUGCUCCAGGCGGGAGCUGACAGGAUUGGCGCCAGUUCAGGGGUGAAGAUUAUCCAAGAGGUGAAUGGAGAAGAGCAGAGCGAACCAGGAGUUGCAUCUGGCGCGUACUAA